GUGCUGGGGGAUGCGGUAAUAGCGCAGCAAUUUAUGUAAACUUUUUUAAUGUGCUUUUUCGUGUACACCCUGGCGCUCUGAGCGGAAUCUGGAAUGACACUGCAAUAACUUUAUAAGUAUUUUAUACUUUCAUCUUUUAAUUAUUUAAAGUCAUGGAUGCGGUGCGCAGGGGGAAGUUUUAAAUCACAGGGUUUUGGGAGGGUUUCAGACUCCCUGUGCUCCACAUAAAGGGGCUUAUCCCACCCGAACUACGCUUUAGUCAGUCUUGCUAUGCUCUGCUGUGUGAAGGGAGUAGAAAGAGGUGAUUUCCCAGGCCGGAGAGAGACGAGGCCUGGCGGCCGGAUUGUGGCACAGAAAUCGAAGGCAAGCUAAUUUUUCGAAUAGUUAAUGAUAAGUUGUUAAAAAUCAGAUAUCGGUCAUAUCUCUGUCAAUCUUGAGCAUGGAAGGCUCCCAGUCGCUUACGUGCAAAUAAAAAGGAAUACGCAGAUGGAGACUGGGCACUGACACUCUUGGUGCGUUAGGAAAACAAAGACACUCCUCCAUGCCCUGAUGUUUUACGAAAUUGCUCGGGCCGACAUUCGACCUGGAUUCACCGUGCUCUUUAAAAACCCUAGCGACCAAGAAAACGGAAAAGCAGGAGACUCGUGAAUCGGUGAAAAUCCAGGUCAACCGGCGGGGAACACUCCAAUGAGCCAUGUAAAUCGUCUAGUCCAGUUCAAGUCUGUGAGGAUCAAGCUUUGGAUUACACCUGGUUUUUGCUACAGAGACUACAAGCAAGAACACCACCACCCCUUCCUUUUUCUGCUCAAUGCCGACUAUCUGUGGUUCCCUUUCAGGAUGGAUUGUGUGAAUCUGAUGGUCAUUGUGUGUUUACAUCAGCAUUUAAUUUUCUGUGACAUUAUCUUGUUCUUUUUCAUUUACAAGAGAACACCCCCUCUCCAAGGCCCUGACCCUUUACACUGUAAAAUUCUUAGCUUUCAUUGCUAAUUUGUUAAAAGAGAGACUCCUUUAAGCUCCAAAGGCUUAAAACCAAAUUUGACAGGAAGAGGCAUUUGCAAGGAAAACCUUUUUUUUGGCAACUUUUGUUUGUGUUUUUUAUUUGGGCAAAUACAAUGUCGGAAGACCCAGAUAAAGUAGUGACGUUUUUGGCUCCUCCAAAAAAUGGCAAUGGUUCCAGUUCAGACACAUUGGUGGGUGAGAAGCUGAAUAGCAGGCAUGAGGUUGAGUUCAGAAAACGGAGACAUACCAUGGACAAGGACAGCAAGACCACGGCAGAGCACCGCUUCUUUCGUAGGAGUGUCAUUUGUGACUCCAAUGCAACGGCUCUGGACCUACCCAGUAAAGCCUGCUUUAUGUCCUCUCCUCCUGAUUUGGAUCCACUGUCCAUCCUCAUAGCAGAGCCCAAUGAUAACUCCUUUGUGGCUGUUCAGCCUCUAUGCAUGAUGUCAGUGGAGUCGGUUACUGAUACACUCACCAAGGUCAAUGUACAAAGUGAAGAAUGUAACACAGUUAUCCAGGAGGUUUGUGAUGGGGAAGUGAAGCAGUCUUCUCUGGCAGGGCCCACAGAUGACAUCAGUCAAGCUGAGGAACCGGAUGAUAAUGUUGCGCUAGAGAAGAGGGAUGGGGUGAAGGGGGCUGCGAAAGUGAAGGUGGACCAGAAGACAGAAACGGAACAGCGGGAAUUAGAGAAGAGGAUCCAAAUCCAGGAAGACAACGAGGAGGUGGAGACCAAAGCUGUGGGUACCUCGCCUGAUGGCCGGUUCCUCAAGUUUGACAUCGAGAUUGGCAGAGGCUCCUUCAAAACGGUCUAUAAAGGCUUGGAUACAGAAACCACUGUUGAAGUGGCAUGGUGUGAGUUGCAGGAUCGCAAACUGUCCAAAUCAGAGCGACAGCGCUUCAAGGAGGAAGCAGGGAUGUUGAAGGGGCUCCAGCAUCCCAACAUUGUUCGUUUCUAUGAUUCAUGGGAGUCACCAUCAAAGGGGAAAAAGUGCAUUGUGCUGGUGACGGAGCUGAUGACAUCUGGAACAUUGAAGACGUACCUGAAACGUUUCAAGGUAAUGAAGAUUAAAGUUCUGCGCAGCUGGUGCAGGCAGAUACUAAAAGGCCUUCAGUUUCUGCAUACAAGGACCCCUCCUAUAAUCCACCGGGAUCUCAAGUGUGACAACAUCUUUAUCACUGGUCCUACUGGUUCUGUCAAGAUUGGUGACCUGGGCCUAGCCACUCUCAAGAGGGCAUCAUUUGCAAAGAGUGUCAUAGGUACCCCAGAGUUCAUGGCCCCUGAGAUGUAUGAGGAGAAGUAUGACGAGUCAGUGGAUGUUUAUGCCUUUGGGAUGUGUAUGUUGGAGAUGGCUACCUCAGAGUACCCGUACUCAGAGUGCCAGAAUGCCGCCCAGAUCUACCGCAGAGUUACGAGUGGAGUGAAGCCUGGCAGUUUUGACAAGGUAGCAAUACCAGAAGUUAAAGAGAUCAUUGAAGGAUGCAUUCGCCAAAACAAGGAUGAAAGGUAUGCCAUCAAGGACCUGCUCAACCAUGCCUUCUUCCAGGAGGAGACAGGGGUGCGAGUGGAGCUGGCAGAGGAGGACGAUGGGGAGAUGAUUGCUAUCAAGCUGUGGCUGCGUAUUGAAGAUGUGAAGAAGCUGAAGGGGAAGUACAAAGAUAACGAAGCCAUUGAAUUUUCAUUUGACUUAAACAAAGAUGUACCAGAAGAUGUUGCCCAGGAAAUGGUGGAGUCGGGAUAUGUGUGUGAGGGAGAUCAUAAGACCAUGGCCAAGGCUAUUAAGGACCGAGUGUCUCUGAUUAAGCGCAAAAGGGAGCAACGUCAGUUUGUGCGGGAGGAGCAGGAGAAGAGGAAGCGGGAAGAGCAGCAAUCAGACCUUCAGAAAGUCCCUCCAGGCUUGUCCCAGGCCCUGCAGACCCAGUGUGCUGUCCCAGUUUCUGGCUCUGCCUCAACCACUGUCCCAGUGCAGCCGGAGUCAGAGGAACCAGAGGCAGAUCAGCAACUACAGUACCAACAGCCUGGCAUUUCCAUGACAUCUGAUGGAACAGCAGACAGUGGUCAAGGAUCCUCUGUGUUCUCGGAGUCUCAUCUGGGAAGCCAACCGACCAUGUCUUACAACUCUCCUCCAGAACACCCCUUGUCCUCCAAGCAGUCUACAGGGUACCCUGCAUCCAGUAGCCAGAUCAACCAGCCGCAACAACACCAACAGCAGGGAAAUUACCAAACACCAUCCUUGCCUCCUCGCCGUGGUCGUAGCAUGUCAGUUUGCGCCCCCCAUCUUUACUCCAUCUCUCCUCUGUCCUGCCCACCCAAGCCACCCUCCACUCCUCCACCAGUCCUGUCCGCUUCCCUCUCACACUGCCACGGGACUCCCAUUGGAGAGACCUUUGCGGGACGCCUUUCCAAAGCACUGGAAUGUGUCCUGCCCAUGCAUUCGGCUUCACCGCGUCGCCGUGCCAGCCUCCCGGCACUGUUUGCAAGCACUCCACAGUCAAUGACGUAUCCUUAUGGUGGGGGAGCUCCAGCCCUCCCAGAAAAUGCGAUAUUUUACCCGAUCAUCCCAGAGAGGCCUAUCUCCUUCUCUCCUCCUCCUGCCUGCCCUCCUAAAAUGGUCAAUACUCAACGACGCAAGAGUACCUCCAUUCUGGAAGCUCAUACUCGUCAUUUUCAGCCAGCAUACAGGACCUUUGGCAGCACCCUCCACUCAUUUGCUGGAGCUGAAUCGGUAGCUGGGAGCCAUGAACCAUCGCUUUUGCUUAUGCCUGGGAUGAUACCCAAGCGUCUUACUGAACCAGUUCGUGUACAGGGCCAGUUUGAUCAGGUGUAUGGAUAUAAAGACACUAGGACUGAUGUUUCUCAGCAAGAUGAGGCUCUGCAUAGACUGAGUCAAGCUGCCAUGCUGGCCAGUGGUAUUCAGCCAGUUCAAGACCACUAUGAGGCUGCGGCCUUUGGUGGCUACCCAGUGACUGCUCAUCCACUGAACCAGCUCAGCCUGCACACAGCAACUGGCCUGCUGUAUGAUCCCUCCCGCACUGGACAGACAUAUCUGCCUGCUCAUGUGCAGAACAUGCGGUUAACAUCUCAGCUGCCAACCAUGAGUGUUUCGGGACCUGCCUCAGUCUCCUCUGCAGAGAUGUGCUACCAGCAUAUUUCCUUCCCUCAUUCAGCACCACCUGUGCUAGCUCACACAGGUGAGCCUCCAAGCAACAAUAUUUUCGAAUUUCAUGUGCAAAAUGUCCCAGUGGAUGGCAGUGGAAGUUAUGCUUCCCGUCUUUACAGGGCACGCCAUGGUUCCAUGGACUUGAACCUAGAGGAAUCUUCCUGCUCUGCAGGUCUGUAUAGCCGGCUCCAGCCAGUCACUGAAGAGAUCUACAGCUAUGUGAGCCCAGAGCUACCACUGCCUCCAGGGAACUUGCUCCUGCAUGGCUUGAGAGAUCGCAGUCCAGAGCCAUCCAGUGACUCAGUAGCCUCUUCUGACACAAGCGAAUUCCACUCUCCUCCUCCUCCUCAUGGCCACCAUGGUGACGUCUCGGCUGCACAGUCCAUCCCACAGACUACCUAUUAUAGCAUUUCCCAUGGGAAUUCCAUUGCUGCACACCCGAACCACCCAGCCUUUCUGUUUUUGCCAGCCACGGAUUCUACUGGAGGGUCCGCUGCCCAUCUGCACGUACUGGAAGGCUCCUGGGCCCACCAACUACCGAUCCAGCAAGACCUUAGUUACACAGAUUCAGCCCUGAUGCUUCAGGGCUUGCCUUUGCAGGCCCAGGUUUCCUGUCCAUUGCCUCCUGGUGGUCCUUUAGCACCCACUUCUCAGUCAGGAUCAGUUGCUGGUCAGCAGUAUGGAGGUUACUACGUCCCAUCGCUCCCUCCACAGGUGGCUCCUCAACAGAGCUCUCAUCUUCCUUCUUCUCAGCCUUUGGUUUCACAUCCAAUGCAGCAGCAGUCGGUUUGCACUUCAGGGCAGUCUGUGUCCCAGUUGCAGAUCCACCAGGGUUCAGCACCCACACAGUCUACCCAACCUGUACCAGCUGAGCAGACACAAACAUCCCAAGUGCCUACUUCUAUGGAGAGUGGGCAUUCAGAUGUGGCAUCUGGAAUGAGUGAUGGUAAUGAAGGGGUUACAGCAACCACUGGUAGACAUGAGGGCAGGUCCACCAAGCGGCACUAUCGCAGAUCUGUCAGGAGCCGGUCUCGCCAUGAUAAACUCUCAAGGGCCAAGCUAAGGAUUCUUAAUGUUUCUAAUAAAGGUGACAGAGUUGCUGAAUGCCAGCUUGAAACACACAAUAGAAAAAUGGUCACUUUCAAAUUUGAUUUGGAUGGAGAUAAUCCAGAAGAGAUAGCAGAAAUAAUGGUCCAGAGUGAGUUCAUCUUGGAGGCCGAGAGAGACUCCUUUAUUGACCAGGUGCGCGAGAUCAUUGAGAAAGCAGAUGAGAUGCUAAGUGAAGAUGUAGGAGCGGAAACUGAGAGCGGGCAGGGAGUGGGGAGACCUCCCUUCUUCCCUGAAUGCCAGGUGGUGAGUGAGUUCAGACAGCCAGAGCCUGUGACGUCAGUUCCUCUUCAGAUAGGGGUCCAGGCUAGUUCAACUACACAGGUUGUCCACUCAGCCGGUCGGCGGUUCAUCGUAAGCCCUGUUCCAGAGUCCCGUCUCAAAGAUCAGUUUUUUGGCCAAACAGCUUCUAGUCUACCUAAGGAGAUGUCAGCCACAGCUCCAGUGAGUUCUCAUAGCUUGGGCCUUUCUCACUCUGCAAAUUCCUUGAGUUUGCAACAGGCCUUCUCAGAGAUGCGGCAGGGCCAGUAUGAUGAGGGACCCAGUACCGCUCCACCCACAGUCAACCUCACUAUGCCACCUCUGAUGCCUUUGCAAUCGGAUAGUACUAGCAUCACUGGGUUAGGCCCAGAGACCACUGAAGCAAUCGAUGUUACUUCCAGUAGUCCUGUUACCUCUUUGCCAGUAACUCACGUACAGAGUAACGUCUCCGAUGUUGUCUCUGCCUCUUCUCUCUCACUACUAUGUUCCUCCUCACCACCUCCAGUUCAGCAGCAGCCUGCCCAAGCGGUGAGCUUAGCUGGGGGUAUUGGAACUUCACCUGCCCCAUCUCUGCUUGGCCCUUUGUCCCCACCAGAACCUGCCUCUCAGCCUUCACUUGUUAGUGCAGUUGCUCCCUGUAUUAGUGCCCCACCUUCUGGAUCUCCACCAGGCAUCCCUCAGCUGUCCCAGCCACCUGCAAUUGGACCAAACAGUAGUCUUCCCAUUUCCAUCUCAGCCCAGCAGCUUAUCAGUGUGUCAGUGCCCAAAAGUAUGGUUCCCUCAGCUUCUGGUUCUUUAAUUACCAGCAGUAGCACAGAGCCUCCAUGUACUUUCCAUCUAGACAGCUCGGUCUCCAGUGCUUCUCUGACCCAAGCUUCUACCUCCCAGCCAGUUGGUCAGCCAAUACAAACGGUUUCAACUUCUGUGGCAGGUGGUGGCAGCAUUCCUUUACUACCCCAGCUUUCCCUCUCUAGUCUGCAGCCUGUCACCACAAAUAUUCCUGUAGUGCAGCAGACACUGGUACACAGCCAACCCCAGCCAGCACCCUUCCCCAACCAGCCCCACACCCACUGUAUCGAAUGUGAGAGUGAACUGCAGGGAAAGGCUGUGGGCAUUGAUGACAUCAAGGCCCUGGACCAAAAGCUGCGCUCAUUGUUCCAUGAACACAGCUCUGCACUGUCUUCUGCCCAGCAUGAAACUUCUGAGUGCAUUGGUGGUCUCAGCCUUGCUGGAACCUCAACCCCUACAGGCACCUCUACUACAACCACCACUUCUGCAACCACACCUCCAACCAGCUUGGCUUUAGGCUCCACUGGGCAGCCAGGGUCCACCCCUUUACCCACACCGGGACAAGCAGGUACACCUUCCAGCUAUGGGCAAAUUACACCCUCCAACUCACAAGCUGUGGUCAAGGUUGGGACACCUUCAGCAAAGCCCUCUUUAGGAAGAGUACCAGUGUUACCUGUAGGCACAGAAUUGCAGGCUGGCACUCCACCCACUGAACAUCUGCCACCUUUUCCAGGACCUUCUUUAACCCAGUCUCAGCAGCCUCUAGAAGACCUAGAUGCCCAGUUGAGGCGGGCCCUCAGUCCGGAGACAGUUGCCAUUAACAGUGUCACUGCACAGCCUUUGGUGACUGUACCUUCUUCCGGUUUUUCUGAUCAGAGUUCAUCUGGGCUAACUCCGACUACAGCACCAGUUGUGCCAGCUGCAGAUUCAGAAACAGGAGCUGCACCUUCAGCGGGAGUUGUGAAGCUGGGUCGAUUCCAGGUGUCAGUUACUGCUGACGAGCAUGUGUCUGGGAUAGAAAAUGAAGUCCAUUCAAACUCCAAGGAUCCCCCUUCAUCUUCCACGUCCUCUUCCUCCACCCUGUCCAGCCCUGAACACACGCUGCAUGUACCUGUUACACGGUGCCACACACUCGUACGAGAUGUAGUGGAUGGCUUGCCUCCUCCACCUAACCGGACUGAACCUGGAUCUGGAGUAGAAAUGGCACAGCAUAGUACCAUUGGGAGAUUCCAAGUGACCACCUCUACUGACACCAGGGUGGGACGUUUCUCUGUAAGCCGGGCCCAGGAGGAUAUGCCAGGCCCAACGGAGGACCUGGAGGCUGCGAGUGGGGAGAGCCCAUCUGAGUACCAUAGUCAAGAGAAUGGACCUUUGCAGAGUACAGAUGGAGAUGUUAGCCCUACAUCCAAGAGCUCCCUGCGUAUGCCCAACCUGAACAAUUCCUUUACCUCCUAUGUCAGCAGUGACAAUGACUCUGAGUUUGAGGAUGAAGAUUUUAAGAAGGAGCUACGCCGGUUGCAGGAGAAACAUAUGAAAGAGAUCCAGUCUUUGCAGAUGCGACAGAAGCAGGAAAUUGAGAGUCUGUAUAUGAAGUUGGGAAAACAGCUUCCUGCUGUUAUUGUACCCCCGGCGGCACCCUUGUCAGGCAGGCGGAGGAGACCCACCAAGGGAAAGGGCAGCAAGUCCAGUCGAAACAGUUCCCAGGGGACCAAGAGCCCAAUGGAGCCAGGCACUUUAUCAGCACAGAGUGCACCCUCUGUGUUCACAUCACAUCAGGGUCUUCUGGUCCCUGGGAUGAUCAGUGAACAAGGACAGAGUUCCCUCCUGCAACCUCUUAAACCCUCGCCCUCUAGUGAGAACCUGUCAGCUUAUACCAGUGAUGCAGCAUUGUCUGUGCCCAGUCUGUCUGCACCUACACAAGGCUGCGUAAAGUUCAGCUGUGUUUCGGAGAGAGUGACCUUCAAACCUGGUGGCAGAAGGACCCGAUUUCUGAGUACGCCCUGCUUGGCUCUUUGGAAGAUGGUGAAAAAAGUGUGCCCCUGCAACCAGCUAUGUAGAACAAGCAGUACCAAUACAGUCAGUGGGACUGGCCAGGGACAAACUCAGCCACCCACCACUGUGCCGCAAACCAGGAAGGGCACCUUCACCGAUGACCUGCACAAGCUGGUGGACAACUGGGCCAGGGAUGCAAUGAACCUGUCGCAGGGCAAGAGAGCCACCAAACAACCCCCUCACCAAACACAAGGACACUGCUACACUGAUGUAAUUCCAGCAGCCGUCAUUGCCAGAAAGUUUUCAGCCCCAGGUCAGCUUUGUCCAAAUAUCACACCCUCUUUGGGUGGGCAUACACCUAUCCCAACUGCCCCUUCUACCUCCUUAGGGGUCCGCAAGGGCUCCCUGUGUCCUACCCCACAGUACGGCUUCUCUUCUGCACCUUACAGCACCCAGUGGGCUGGGUCAACUGGGAGCACCCAGCAGUCCGGACUCCUGACCACCUCUCAGCCACUUACCCAGUUCCAGGCUGUCAACCCAGGGUCCCUGCAGGGCAUCCAUAUCAGCACUUUGCAGAAAUCUGUCAGCAACCCUGCAGGACCAAACCUACGGACAACAUAAGCAACCCUCUCCACUGGUGGUGAUAAUUAGAUUGAUUGAUAAGCCUACAUCGCUGGGUGAUUUUGAAACUCAGGAGUGCUGUGUAUUAGAAAAAUAUGUAUAACCCCUCAUCAAGGAUUGACCAGGGAUAGAACCAUUUCAUUCCAUGAUGGCCAUGGAUGGAAAUAGUGAUGUGGCCAUCCUGGCACCAAGCUUUUAAAAUAAAAAGACAAACCAGUGGACAGAAGAAUGCAAUAUUCAGUGGCCAAAGAAGGUAUAGUGAUGGCUUUUGUUAUUUCCUUAGGUUGGGCUUUGGUUCAGUUCAUUGCUUAACUUACUCCUAAAUAUAUAAAUCGAUACGUACAUGUUUUGGUGGCCUCAAUGUUAAAUAUCCCAGUGAAUGUUUCACACUCAGCUCUGACUGACAAAGUAACCAUAUGUUAUAACAUCAAAUUAGGCACAUAGGUAUUUAUAAAGAAAUGCCACACAAGUCCACCUGUUUGAUUUUAGAAUCUUUAACACUUGCUCACUGGAUUUUGUUGGUUAAAGGUUAAUCAGAACACAAAGCAGCCCACUUCUGAUCUUAUUAUGAAAGGCAUGCUCUUUUUGCUGAUUCAGUUUAACAGUGUUUCCUUUGUGUUUCAAUGUAAUGCAAUAAAAUAAUUGGAAUAUUGAAAUCAUAAAACUGCAAAGGUGUGGCCUUCAUCAAAAAUCUGUUUAUUUUUUCAAUGCGGCAGUUGGUUAGAAUAGCAAUCUGAGGAGGAGGAAUUCUGAAGCCGAGAGACAUUAGGCAGCAUUAGUCAUUAAUAUGUUUGUAGUUGUCUCCCACCCCCAGAAUCUGUUGGUGUACAGUAUGUGUUAUGGGGUAAGACUUAAGAAGGACAAUUGUAGUUCCAGUGUAGACUUUUUUAUUGUUACCUUUUUAAAGCUGGUUUUGAAAUAAGGGUGAUUAAUGUUAGUGCAUCUGUCCUGUAUGGCUGCAUUGAGGUGAGUGGCAGGAGCUUCGCAAGAAGCUUCAGCUACGUGAUGUAUAAAAGCAGAGUGCCUCUGUAGACAUUGCUUGUGAGGUUAUUUAAGCUUGAAAUCUAUUAUCUAUUACUAAUUGUAACAGCUUUUAUAAUCAUGACAGCAUUAGGGGGCUCUUUAAAUACUUUGACUUAUAUAUUUAAAAAAGACAAAAGCGUUCUGAACGGACAUGUAUUUACCCAUCAGUUUUUGAUGUUGAAACACUGUGAUUAUAUAGAUGUUGUUGAACAACAUUAGUUUAAAAAAGUGGACCGUCGGAGGGUUACUAGAAAAAAAUAAGGCUAGCUAUAUCCAUAUACAGUACUUAUUGGAGACACUUUAUCUUUUCCUUUGUACUUUCUUUGUUAGAUAAUGUGAAUGUAAAAUGGUUUAAAUUAAUGUACUUGAAUAACCUGUCUUUACCGUCCCUCAUCACCCAGUAUGCUUGCUGGAAUUAUAGUGCCUUGUAGUUAUUUGCUUUGGAUUUGGGGUGGAGUAACUGAAGCACUAGUGCUUUGUAUUUAGGGUGCUGUACUUUCCCUGUGAACUGAGUGUGAGUUAAUAGAGGCAUAUAGGGAAUGUUGUUUUGGUGCCAUUUUUUAGCCUUUUGAAUAUGAUUAAAGUCAUAGAAGAAAUAUAAUAGUCAGAUGCCUAAAGAUUUGGAGUUUUUCAGCUUGGACAAUACAACAGCACUUGAGCCCUGAACAUCUAAAGCAGAGAAACAUUGAGCAUUAAAUUAAAAGCACGUUAAGUAAAAUGCACUGCCUGUGAAACAAGAUUUGUACGUCUGGAAGAUAUGCUUAUUUCAGACUAAUAGUCUUUUUUAAAUGCAGUGUACGGAAUCUUUCUUAAAUGAAUGCUAUUUUCUGAGAAGUAGAUAAAGGCUAUGUUUUAUUUUACAAAGCACAUAAGAUACACAGGUUGUACAGGUGGGUUCUUGGCAUUAUACAGGUUUUAAGCUACCUGUUUUGGAGACAAUGACAGGGAGAUGCCAAAGACUCGAAGCAUGUGUAUAUCUCAUCUAGAAUUGUCAACAGUACACAGAAACAUGUUGAUGAAGAAACUAGGGCAAAGGAGCAUGUUGCAUGAAAGUGAAAUGAAAGUCAGUUUGAAUCGUAUCUUAGUGGAUGUUGAAGGGAAAAAAGGUGUGCCACAUUGAAUAGUUACACAGAGCUGAAGUUAGUUGCCCGUGCUAUAAAGUAAUUUUAAUUCACAUUUUCAAACCAGGUGUAUUGAAUUAGCAAUUGCUAUGUUUAGCUAAGUUAGGUUAAAUUGGCUAAAUGUGCUUAAACCUAGUUAACUCCAACCCUGUUUUUGUGUGGAUGUAUCAUUGUAGUUAUAAGAUUGUUCACAACAUAGAAUAAAUUGAAGUUCAUUGAUAAACACAAGUCACAUUUAAAUACCCACUCUGAUACCUGGAGAUAUGUUCAAGCACCCUCUUGAGCAUGUUUUUUUCACAUAUCUGUUAUUUUCUAGGUUAGUGCCUCUAGCCAAUUUAUAGUAAUAGCAGCUGUGAAAAAGAAUGAAGCUUAUGUUUUUUUGCUUUUCAACUUCUUUUUUCCACUUAUAUAAUGGCUAAGGUUUCUUAACUGUCCCAUAUAUAAAUAAUUCCCGCACGCAUUGCCAAGACUUCAUUAUCGUACAGACAUUGUGACCCUUCUCUAAUUUUUCUGCUUUCUUGCUCUUGCAUUCAUCUGUUUCAAUAUGUGUCUGGAUUUCUUACUCAUUGACUGUGUCUUCUGAGGUUAUACAAACAGUACCAUUCAAAAACAUGAAUGGCAAACAAUUUUGCAUAAGCUGAGUAAAUGGAAUAAAACUGUCUCAUCAUAACUGGAUACCUGGGAGGCAGAAAAAAAUGAUAAACUUGCAGAUUACUGCAUUUCUUGGGGUAGUUUCAUGGAAUGAUAAAACACAGGUAGCACCUGAAGGUGCUAAUUUUUCAUGAGGUUGCUGUCCUUCAUAGAACAGAUGUAGCAUUAAUAAUACAUUUUACUAUAACCUGAGACUUCACUACCUUGAGUUAUUAAAUAUAACCACUUAAACUGCCCCCCUUAUCUAAUGCAACUUUCAUUUUUCAAAAUGUCAUUCAUAGUUUAUUAUGACCUCAAAUAGGCUUUUAUUAAGCAGUUACACCCUACAUAUUUGCCUAUAUACAGCAUUGAAUCAGUGUUGGAGAUGCAUCAGGACAGACCAGAAAGGCUCUUGCCAUAUGAGAUCCUUGAGUUCUCUUAGAUCAACUUUACAUUUUCACCCAAGAUUCUUUUAGAUGCAUUUCUCUGAGGUUCUUCUGUAUUCCCUGUGGAAUUAAGAAAUUAAGGCAAGUCCUUGAAUUUUAAAACAAUAUUUUAAAGAACUGUACCACAAUAGAAAAGUGCAAGGUGAAAAUGUAAAUGAAAUCUUAAAAGACUAAAUGUGCACUUUCAUGUUUUUCCAUGUUGGCUACAGGUGAUGUUACAAAGUAGUAUAGCCCACUGAAUGAAAAUCAUUUUACUCACUUCACAGUUCCUUGUUGUCAACAAAUCAUUCAAUCUGAUGCAGGAUCCAUCACUUGAAACUGGUCCUGUAUAAUAAAAUUAUCAGCAGGUGUUUUUGUGCUUGGUUUUGUUGUAUUUAACAUUUCUGUCCCCUUUUUGCUUUGUAACAUGGCCUGUUUUCAUGUUACCAUUUUUUAAGAAAAAUCAAUACAGUAUUACAGAUAGAAUUGUAACAAAACUGUGAAGAAACAUCACUUUGCUUUCAUAACGUUCCUUAGUUUUCUGAAAGAGAGAAUGCAUUCACUAUACCACCACAGUAGUGCCAUUUCCUUACACUAAGCAACAUCUUUGCUAACUUCAGAAUUAAUAUUGUUUACUUCUUUGUGGCUGUAAUGCUUAAGAAUAUGCAAUUAUAUUUUGGGAUGGGGUUGGAUGGUGUGUGAGAGAUAGUUUUUCCUUUCCUCACUGUUGUACAAUGGAGGGAAGUUACUGAAUUCAAAGUGUAUUACUAAUUUAUCUGUAGAAUGCAGACUCUGCAAUUAUUCUUAGUUUCAAUUUAUUUUUUUUGUCUUUCUAUAAUGAAUGCUGAGUAAAGUGCCGGUAUAUAGAAAUGCCAUUCAAUGCAGUAACACAAAAGCACCAAGUUUCAGUGAUGAAAAGUGUUUGUUUCUUUGAAAAUUGCAUGAUAGUUCUCUGUCACUGUUUUUUUUUUUUUCAAAAACUAAACUGAGGAUGCACAAAAAUUGCAACUUGGAUUAUUUGCCAUUAGUCCUCCUGUGGAACAUCAACAGAACAAUACUGUUACUUAUUGCUACUGACCUGUCAUUAAGUUAUUUUGUGUUUUGUAAUACAUCUGAUUUUUCGUUUUACUGAGAUUUUGUUUGUGUCUCUCUAGGCCUUUGAGUGACUUUGAGUCAUUGAUUUUCUGUAUGCUAUUUAACAUUGUACAAAAUGUUUUUUUUUUAAAUGUAGGGAAUCAUUGGCAACAUGUAAUUGUACGUUUGCACUAAAUAAAGGGUGUUCAUGCUUCAUGUAAGAUUGCGCUUUGCGCUCCAAUAAAAUUUGUUACCUUAUUUGUAAACUUAAUAAACAAAGAUCAUUCAAAUAGA